AUGGCGGCAGCGGCGAGGCCAUCCAAUGGUUGGUGCCUCUACUCUCCGCCCUUCAACGCUGUACUCCCCUCUCCUCAUCUCGGCGGUAUCCAUCCGUAUGGUUUUCCGAUUCCCGCGCGUAACUUUGACUCGGUGCUGGUCGUGGUAGCCACUCUUCUCGCGCGCCUCCGGGACGGCACGGCCAAGUUCGAGCUCCUCGACGACUCUGCGCUUGCGCACGCGCCCCCGGUCUGGCCCCGACUCCACUGCUUCGCCAGGGUUGCCCCCUCGCUGAGGGGUGGGUGGUCGGCGGCGCUGAACAAGGUGGAGCAUUACGGGGUUCAGAGGGUCACCGGCGACGGCCGUUGCAUGUUUCGAGCGUUGGCUAAAGGAAUCGCAAAAAACAAGGGGAUUCCUUUGGCCCCAAGGGAGGAGGUACAAGAUGCAGCUACUGCCAAAAGGAUAAGGCGGCCUGAUUUCUGGGGUGGAGAGUCAGAACUCCUGAUUAGUUCCAUGUUGAAUCUGAUUGACAUGAUAGACAAGUUCAUGCGUCGUUCUUAUUCUACUUUUGUUGAACUUCUAGAGGUUCUAGCCAAAAUAGAUGGAGCAGAAUGCUAG